CUCUGUGCCAGUGAUUUUAGCGUUUGUGACAGGCGGAGCGGUUUUGCCAGAUAGGACAGCGUUGCUGUUGUCUCGGCCCGUCUCCCAUUCUUGCUCGCGAGUCCACAAAGACGCUAGUGUGUGAAUGUGAUUUCUCCGACUUGCACUCGAUGUAAAAACCCAGGAUGAUAUAAGGAGUAUACUUUCUGUGUUGAUUAUUGUUAUUUUUUGUGUUUCUGUGUGCGAUGAAAACGAGAAAUGGUGCUGCUGUGACUUGUUCUUUUCACCUGUCGCCUUUCAACCAUGUAGUGGGCCUAAUGUAGUGAUACUAUUUGACGCACAUCUUAUUAGAGGCGGAGUGAACUCCCCUUCCGGAAAGUUUUUUUACCUGUGCUUUGAAAUGGAGAUCUGAACAGGUACGCCGACAGCACGCAGUAACAUUCAGCAAGGGACAUCAAACUAAAAAGUGGUUGUUCCUUGCCAUGAAAAAAAGGUGGAAAACUCUGUUUGCAAAGUUUAAUUUAUGUCACAAACUCACAAUGGGUCGUGGAGAGCACAGAAGUUCGUGGCGCACCUAUGCGCUGUUUUUUCUUCUGCUGGCCAUACUGUGCUACGUACCGGGUACCCUCUCUUAUCAAGUGCAUUUAUCUAGCUCUGAUCCCAGAGGAUCUCUCUUGGUGAACAGCACCCUUGCUGGCCACGCCCGGGAGUACAGAAUUGAAAGAAAAGGCAGUAAAGCAGUUCUUCCAUUUAUUUCCCAUCCUUCUCACCCUGGCGUUGUGUUUCUAAAACGCAGGAUAGACUGUCACAAACUCAAAAGAAAUCCUCUCCAUUUUCGCCUUAUUUCAACCACUGGGAAGCCAUUCCAUUCUCAUGUUUUGCAAAAUUCAUCAGUGAUUCCAUAUUUUGUUUUUGUUCAUGGGCCUAGGUGCAGAUUUUUACACAGGGAGUGGCUGCAUAAGAAAAUACAGAAAGGCUUGAACCAGCACAAGGUCUUUUUGUAUCUACCCUCGUCCAGUGACUGUCUCAGUAAACAUCACACGAUCAUUUCACUCUUUGAUUACAUUCCUUCACAGUAUCACUCCUGUAAAUUGCAGGCUGUGCCUGUGUCUCCAAGAAUUCAUGUGAAACCUGAAACACUGGACCUUUCGUUCUCAGAAAACUUUUGUCUUUCGAAUGAGUUAAGAAUAGAAGUUCAGCUUACAGUAGAUUGCCAUAAGUCUCAUGCUCAAAUUGUGCCAUAUACUCUAAUUCUCCGCAAAGUCUCUACACCAGCAGUCUCAGAUCACAAAGCAUUGACCAGAGUGAGGCGGCAAAUUACCAACACCUCGCCCUCAUUUGAAAAGGAUCAAUAUGAAGUUCAUGUGAAAGAAGGCCAGGAGUCUGGACUACCUGUGAUCACUAUCUGGGCCAAGGAUGAGGAUGCAGGAGAGGCUGGCCUUCUCACAUACAGCAUGGAGGCAGAUCAAGAUUUACGCAGUCAGAACAUGUUCAGUAUCGACCCAACCUCCGGUUCUAUCAAGACAACGAUCAGCCUUGACCGGGAGUUCAUGUCGCAGCAUUCAUUUACGAUCACAGCAACAGACAACGCUCUGCCAGAGUCCGAGAGACGGAGUGCCACUACUUACCUCACAAUAAUUGUGGAUGAUGUCAAUGACCAUGAACCACGAUUCCCCAAACAGAGUGUUCGCAUCGAUGUCCCAGAGAGUUUUGAGGCAGAGCGUGAUGUAUUCUUAGCGAAUGCUGUAGACGGAGAUGCUGGGAAUAAUGCUGUCAUCCGGUACAGCAUCAUCAACCCGGGACCCCCCAACGAUGCUUUUAUGAUCAACCCUCAGACUGGCUCCAUCUCCACAUUCCGAAAGUUGGAUCGGGAGAAAGUGUCAUCUUACAAACUGAUUGUCCAGGCUAUGGAUCAAGGAAAUCUGAAUGAGAGAAAGUCAUCAACUUUUACUUUACUAAUAAAUGUGGAGGAUGAAAAUGACAACAGCCCACAAUUUCUUGAAGAUAAUUAUAUUGUGAAACUGAGAGAAGACAGGCCGUACAGUAAAACUAAAGAAAUUCUGAACAUUACUGCUUUGGAUGCUGAUGAAGGAGACAAUGCACUUAUCUCUUACAGGUUGAGUCCUGAGAGUGAGAUUUUCAAAAUUGAUGAAUUCACUGGUAAACUGUACCAGGUGAAAUCUGUUGAUUAUGAAGAUCAGAACAAGUAUCAACUACAAGUUUGGGCAGAGGACCAUGGAGCACAUCCCAAAUGGAACCGUUCUAACAUUCUGAUAGAAAUCGUUGAUGUUAAUGACAAUAAACCCCGGUUUAUUGAGCCUUCGUACAGUAUGGUUGUGAACGAGGACAUCACUACGGGGUCAAGUGUCCUUCAGGUGCAGGCUGAAGACCGAGAUAGUGGAGAGAAUGCUCGCCUGAAAUACUCCUUUGUCAAUGUCUCGCAGUCGUUUCCUUUUGAGAUUGAAAGUGGCAGUGGACUCAUCAAAACUUCUCAGCUGUUGGAUAGAGAGAAGGUUGCACAGUACAAGUUUGUUGUCAAAGCCGCCGACGGUGCACCAGUUCCAAUGAGCGCCUCAGUGUCUGUGACAAUAUCCCUCAGAGAUAUCAAUGAUAAUCCGCCUCGGUUUGAGGCCCGGAGCUACAACACAACCGUGUCUGAAGAGGCAGGUGUUGGGGACCCAGUGGAAACUGUUGUUGCUGUUGAUCCUGAUGAGGGAGAUAACGGGAGACUGACGUAUGCAGUCGAAGGCGGGAAUGAUAGAGAUGCUUUCUCAAUACGACAGACGCGAGGAAAAGGUAUCAUAUCUGUGAAGAAUGCACUAGAUGCCAGACAGCAGAACAAGUAUGUGCUCACUGUGACUGUUAAGGAUGUUGUCCACCAGAGUGACUCUGUGCUUGUCUACAUCGAUGUUCUGGACACCAACAGGCAUCGUCCUGUCUUUCAGGGCAAGGAGCAGUUUAAGGCUGAGGUCAGUGAAGAUGCGGGGAUUGGGACUACAGUGUUUCAAGUGUUGGCACUGGACAGUGAUAAAGGCGAGAAUCAGAGGAUCACCUACAUGCUGUCCCCUGCUACAGUGUUUGCCAUAGAUCCUGACAGUGGUGUCAUCACAACCAGACAGAAGUUAGACAGAGAUUCCACGCCAGCUUACAUCCUAACAGUCACUGCUAUGGACAACGGUCAACCACCACUAGACGAUGUGGCAGAACUGGUCAUCUCAGUCAAGGACGUCAAUGAUAAUAAACCAGAAUUCACUCAGUAUGAAUACUUUGGGAAUGUCACAGAAAAUUCUUUGGAGAACACAGUGAUUAUGACGAUCAAAGCCACAGACAAAGAUGCAAGUACCAAUGGUCAAGUGACGUACACUUUUGACGGAGGGGAUGAUGGAGGUGGAUCCUUCAGCAUUGACAACCAGGGAGUUAUCAGGCUUGUGAAAAAGGUCGAUCGAGAAGUGACGCCGUUUUACAACUUGGUCGCAGUGGCAGUAGAUUCUCACCCAACAAACCCGCUGUCUUCGUCAGUCGUUGUUCAUAUAAAUGUCUUGGAUCUCAACGAUAACCCGCCAAAGUUUGAGUCUAGUGUGUUCAAUGUUAUGAUUGAGGAGAACAGUCCUAUCGGCUCCACAGUGGCCAAGAUAAUAGCUGAGGAUCCGGAUGAGGGAGUCAAUGCCCAGGUGGUGUACAGCCUCAUGGAGAGUGGUGACUCGCACUCUUUCCAAUUGUCAGGUCUUCGAGGUGAGGCCGCGAUCAUCACCACCCUAAUCAACCUGGAUUACGACAAUGGUAAAAAGGAGUACGAAGUGGUUCUCCAAGCGGCCUCGGGUCCGAAGAUUGCCAAAGCGAAAGUAAAAAUCCAUGUUCAAGAUGUUAACGAUGAAGAGCCGCAUCUCGAGGAUUUCUCCAUCAUUUACAACAACUUCGGUGGAAUGUUCCCCAGUGGCCCCAUUGGAAAGGUUCCGGCCUAUGACCCAGAUGUUUCUGAUAGGGAUAAGCUUGUGUAUAAAAUUCUCUCUGGAAAUAACGCGGAGCUAAUCCAUCUCAACGAGAGCACAGGAGAAAUUACGUUGGAUCGCAGGCUGGAUUCAGACGUACCUCGUAGCGGAACUUUCCAGAUAAGCGUUUCAGGUGCUGCCGUUUGACGACAACCUGUGUCUCCGAGAGCCGUGCAUCAACAACGAGGCGUGCCACACCGUGGUACAGAAGGGCGUGGGUCGCCCCUUCAUCUCCUCGCCCACCGUGCUCUUCCGGCCCGUGCACCCCACGCAGAUCUUCUCCUGUCGAUGUCCCGUAGGCUUUGCCGGCCAGAACCAGUCCAAGAUGUGUGACAUAGAGAUCGACUUGUGCUACAGCUUCCCCUGCCAGAACAACGGGCUGUGUCUGAGGCAUGAGAGCGGCUACACCUGUCAGUGUGCGCCCGACUUUACAGGUCCUCACUGCGAGCUGAACAUGACGUCAACGUUCACGAGCCUGACCUGCCCGACUGACCACUGCCACGGUCCGUCCCACUGUGUGCCGUUGUCCGGCGGGGGCUUUGUGUGUGACGGCUGUCCGGAGGAUGACCACCACGAUAGCCAGUGCCGGCUCCGGACCAAGAACUUCCAGAGGGGAUCUUACCUCACCUUCCCGUCUCUCAAAGCCCGGAAUCGGUUUAUUAUAUCCAUGAAGUUCGCCACCCAGGAACGUAACGGCUUGCUACUGUACAACGGUCGGUUCAACGGUGAGCACGACUUCAUCGCCCUGGAGGUGGUGGACGCACAGGUCCGCUUUACCUUCUGUCUGGGCUCCAACGUCACCACCUCCGUCACCAGCAAUGUCAAGGACGGCGUCAGCACCGGCGAGUGGGUCACGGUCAAGGUGGAAUAUUUGGCUCGGACGGCCACGGUGACAGUGGGCGAGGACUGUGACACAGAGAUUGUCAUCAACUAUGGCGACAAGCUGGGGGACCACUCCUGUGCCGUGAGGGUCGAGCAAGUUCUGGAUUCUUUCUGCGACAACCCAAUGAACAACUGUAACCGGCUCCUGGACCUGACCGGCCCCAUGCAGAUUGGUGGCCUCCCCCUCAACCACAACUCGGCCAAUCAGCUGGACGCCGUAGACUUCGUGGGCUGUAUGUCCGACAUCCGCCUGGAUCACCGCCUGGUGGAUCUGGAUGCGUCCAUCGCUGACUUCCUCACCUCGACUGGCUGCCCGCCCAAGGAACUCCAUUGUCAGAACUCUCCGUGCAAGCUAGGAGGUGUGUGCUCAGAAGGCUGGAACACAUACCGAUGUGACUGCCUAGAGAGAACCGGGGGCAAAGACUGCAGCCAAACUAUUGAGGUAUCUAGACAGCUCCAUGGCGACGGGUACCUGACCUACACCAGUGUUCCAGAUCCUGUCGUGCGCUACCCAUGGGUCAACGGAAUCGCUUUCCGAACAAGGGAGGCAAAUGGUGCCCUGAUGCAGAUCAUGUUUGAUUCAAAAGAUGUGUUGAUCAAGAUUGUGGAUGGGCACAUCCACUAUCGUUUUGGCACUUCUGAGAUAACAUUUGACACAGCCCGUGUGGACGACGGUCAGUGGCACUACUUUGAGGUUCGAUGGCGUGUCCAGGGUGUGGUGGACAUGUUUCUGGACUACGGGCAGUAUAACAAGAAAUACAAUAUUUCUGCUCCCGUUGGUGGCAAAAUGAUUGAAAUGGUGUAUGUUGGAGUCUCUAAGGAUGGCCUUAAACCGUUGGAGAAUCAUUUCAAGGGCUGUGUAAAGGAUAUUCGAGUGGGCAACACGCCCCAGUCCUUGCUGCGACAGCCGGAUGGGGAGACCAAUGUGGACACUGGCUGCAUCGGUCAACAGAUCUGUGGGCCCGGCAUGUGCGGGUCCGGUCAGUGUGUGGAUGAGUGGAACAGUCACAGGUGUGAGUGCCCGCCAGGCACCAUUGGGCCACAGUGCCUGGACGUAUGCACCAACUUCAACCCGUGCAAGAACUGGGCCGAGUGUCGCCAGCCGGGGCUGGGGGAGAACUCGUAUCGCUGCGAGUGUGGUGUGCGGCAGAGUGGCCACUACUGCGAGAACCAGGCACCUCUCACCUGCCCGACAGAGUGGUGGGGGAAACCUGUGUGUGGCCCAUGUCACUGUGACGCUGACAAGGGGUUUUUGAGCUCCUGCAACAAGGAUAAUGGGACCUGCAGCUGUAAGGCCCUGCACUAUCUCCCCCCUGGAGGAGACACCUGCUACCCCUGUGACUGCUACUUGCUGGGCUCCAUGGACAUGACUUGCCACCCAACAACGGGCCAGUGCAAGUGCCACAAAGGGGUGGUAGGUCGCCGCUGUGACCAGUGUGAUAGCAUCUACGCUGCUGUUGUCGAGGUCAGGAAGAAGGCGGAGGUGGAGGGAGAGGAGGACAAGACAGUGGUCAAAUGUCAGGUAUCAUAUGAUGACUGUCCAAGGAACCAUGCCUCAAACAUCUGGUGGGAUCCCAUCGCUUUUGGCAAGGAGGCAGAGCAAGAUUGUCCGACAGGAGCCACAGGAAAUGCGAGAAGAAAAUGCACACAAAAAGACAGCUGGCACGAAGCUGACCUGUUUGACUGCACCAGUGACAGCUUCAAGGAGCUGGAACCUCAGCUGAUCGACUUUGAGUUGAACGGGAUCAGCCCAAGCUCAGCAGACUACACAAUUGAGCUGAUGAAAAACAUCUCCUACACGACCACACCCAUCUACGGAGGGGACAUCCGCCUGACCUACCGCUACACCAAGGUCAUUCUGGAGUAUGAGAUCGCCAGUCCAGCCCUCAGCAUGAUCAGUCAACAGUACAGAGACUUUGUGCAGAAACUGCUGGUGGUUCUGAGCAACGUGACCGACCAGACCUACAUGGGCUACUGGCAGCGGGUGGGGAAACUGACCGGCGGGGCCACCCACCUGCUCAACCUGUUUGAGGAAUUUGUCACCAAGAUUGUCAAGCUGUUGCCUGAGGCUCAGUCCGGCACGUUUGAGGCUGUCUCAGAUGAUAUGGUGCUGGGAGCUGACUGGAUGAGCCUGGCCAACUUCAGCGGCGCCACGGUGCCGAAGUACGACAACAACGUCAAGAAAGGUUCAGUGGACAAAGAGGCUGCCGUGACUUUCCCAGCCGGAUUUUUCUCUGUCCCCGACACAAGUUCUGCACGUGAAAAGCGCCAGGCAGCCCCUGGUUUUUCCGACGCAAGUUCCACUUCCUCUAUUGACCCUCCCAGAGCUUACGUUGGUUAUGCUGUGUACAGAGACUUCGGCAAGCACAUUUCCAUGAAGACAGACUCCUCCAUCAGACGCACCAGCCGCCCCAUGACGGUCAACAGCCCAAUGCUGACGGUCGUGGUCGCCAGUGAGAAUGUCAUCAGAGAGGGAACCUACAUCCUGCGGUUCCGCCUUCUUCUCCCCAACAACCGCACCAACCUGCACUGUGCUCGAUGGGUGCCCAGUGGCGAUGAAACAUCUGGCACGUGGACAGCGUCCGGCUGUCAAACAGAAGACACUGUGUGUCGUGUGUCCUUGGGCUCUGACCACUGUGAGGAGUACUACGUCACUUGUGUCUGCUCGCGCCCGUCUACGUUUGCUGUCAUCAUUGAUGUCGCUGAUGGCACUGCCCUGCUGCCGCCAGUGAUCGACAUGGAGGCGUUGUCAAUUGUGCUGACCGCGAUGUCGCUGAUGCUGCUGCUCCUCUCCUUCUUCGUCCUGUUCACUUUCAAGCGUCUGCAGUGUAACUGGAACAGCAUCCGCAUCAACAUCAUCUUCACCCUCUUCAUCAUUGAGCUGGCCUACGUGAUUGGGAUCAACCGGACCACUCCGGAGCUGUUUUGUCGCUUGGUGGCCAUCUCGCUCCACUACUUCUACAUGGCUUGUUUUGCCUGGCUCUUUGUGGAAGUCCUACACAUCUAUCGCAUGCUCACAGAAAAACAGACCAUCAACUAUGGUGCCAUGAAGUUCUACUAUCUACUUGGCUAUGUUCUCCCUGGCAUUGUGGUUGGUCUUGCUGUUGGUCUCUACACAGACGCUUAUGGCAACGCGAGCUUCUGCUGGCUGUCAACAUCAGAGACAUUCAUUUGGAGUUUUGCGGGACCAGUUGCCUUUGUAGUUGUGCUGAACGUGAUCACCUUUGUGUUUGCCGCAAGAGCAAGUUGUGCCGACAAGCUCCCGGUGACAGAUGUCAGUGUCAUGAGGUUCGGCCUCCUGGCCUCCAUCUUGUUGCUGUUUCUGCUGAGCACGGCCUGGGUGCUGGGUCUGCUGUCUGUGAACUACGGCCUCCUCUCCCUGCACUAUCUACACGCCAUCUUCCUCUUUGUGGAGGGCAUCUUUGUCUUCUUGGCCUACAUCCUUCUGAGUAAAAAGGUUCGCUGGUGUGCCAAGAGAUUCUACUACAGGCUGAAAGGCAAGAAAGUGGAGUUUGAUGAGAAUAUGGCCUCAGGCAGGAACUCUGUGCAAUCUCGGUCAGCCCUAGCGUAUCGACAUGACUCGUCUGGCGAAGGCGGGCUGCGCAUCAAUAACGUGGGAAUCUCCACCACCUCCACUACGUCGAGGUCCACCAAGAGCAGUAAGGGAGACAAGUACCUCCAGAGCACCAGCAGCUCCAUGUCAGGAGGUCCGGCCAUCACCAGCGUGCCUUAUGGCUUUGAGUCGCCCUUCAAGGAGAAGAUUAAGGAAGAGAUGGGUGAUGGCACAGGAAAACCUGGCAAUGACUCGGACUCUGACAGCGACGCCAGCAUGGACAGGAACAGCCUGGAGCUGGCCUCCAGUCACUCGUCCGACGAAGACGACGAGUUUGACCUCAACCCGGGCUGGGAGAACCAGGUCCCCAAAAGCAAGGCUGUUGAGCAAGCCUUAGAGCAGAUAGAAAAGAUGAAAAAAGACAAAGAGAGAGAACGACUUGGGAAUAAUGCUGAGGAUGUCCCACUGGAGGAAUACCAUGGCAACGAGAGUCCUGGAGGCAGGAGGAUGAUCCCACCACCCCCACUGGGUCCCAACCCUCCUGAUGUCACUCUGUCUACUUUACACAGUCGUCCGGUGCUGCCCCCAGUGAGGUCGGACAGCCUGCCGUACCCACCACCGGCGAGCAGCCCACGACAGCCGUCCAACACAGUGCAGGUCCUCACACACAACGGCAGCAUAUCCUCAGACUCGGAAUCAAGUGAGACAACGGCUUGAAGACGGUCACUAAAUUCUUCCCAGGCUCAAUGUUGUGACUUUUCUGUCUCCUUCCCUUGACCCCCUACCGUACACUGUUUAUGUGUGUGUGUUCUGUACAUGAUGCGAAGUUCUAGUAAGAGAGGCAGCCUCAAGCAUGGAAAGAACCACAGUGCUCCCAUCUGUCUGUCUUUGUGCUCCUGUGGAGAAGCUUUGAUGAAGUGAAUAUCCAGGAAAGUUGGCUGGGCCUCUAUAUACAUAAUAUAUGGUAUAUAUGUGCAUGCAUACUGUCCCAACUUUAUAGAUGGUAAACUGCUACACCUCUCCCAUUGCAUAUGGAAAGAACCUUUUGCAUCUGUUUAUGAUAAAGCAGUUUUGAGGUCUAAUAGAAUACAAGAGCCACCUGCAAUAACUGAGUUGUAUGAGCAUUUUCAGUAAACUUACAUUAUUCAUGCUUCAUGAUAUUUGUACAUUGAUGUAGAAUCAUAAUGUCACAUCACUGACACCGUAAACUUCCUGUCCUCAUCAAGACUCAUUCCUUUUCAUAUACGGAGUAGGCCUAUGUAUUCCUUUAAUGUAAGAUUGCUCAAUGUAUCCUCAUUACUCUGAUGCAUUUGAGAUGUCAGAUUUCGACACUGAUGAGAUUUUAUUUUUCUAUUGGAAGUUGAGAUCUAGUGUACAGAAGUACAAGAAUGCUUUAUCAUCAGGAUAAGUACCUUGGAGCUGAGAAAUAGUUCAGAUCUGUGAGACCUGUUGGUGUUAUGAAUGAGAAAACUAUCAAGUCAAUGCGAUGCAGCACUGUUAAAAGUGGAAGUCUAAAAAUCACAGAGGAAAUUGUAUGUUCGUGCUCAAUAGUAAAUAUGAAUUGUGCAUGAUCAAGAGAUUUUCAGGUGAAAGUGAUGUACAAUGCACUUGCUUUAGUGUGCAGAAAGGAAACAUUGUAUCCUCAUCAAAACUCUGCCCUUUCACUUUUAGUUUUAGGAAGAGUAACAUCUCAAUCUGACGGGCUCGGUGCAGACCUCGACGUUAUUCUAAGAACCUCAGAGUUUCUUUAAUUUUUGUGUUUCUGUGAUACCUAAAUGUAUUGCCACGUGAACUGACGGCGUAAUCGCCCACCUCUGCAUACAGUAAAUACUCCUGUCUUAACAGUAUCAGAUUGUGUGUUGCUGAACUGUUACUUUGUAGUAGAAGAAUUUUGUUUACCACUUUCAACUUUGCUUAGCAACUUGGCUAUUGCUUGACUCUUUAGCUCCAGAAUUAUUUUCCACAUUUUGGCAGAAUUUGUUCCAGAUAUUGUGAAACACAUAACGAGGCAUUCACGAAAAAUAUUUUUAAAAUAUCUAAAAUUGUGUCAAAGUGAAAAAGGAAGUAGUUUAUACAUUUAUCUAACACUUCCGAGUCAAAAUAAACCUAUUCAGAUUUGUAAGAGAUUGCAUUAGCAGUAAUGCUUCAUGCACUCCAUAAUCUGACUGGACGCUGGGACGUCCACUCCGGGUUAUAGAGUUCAUUUUUUUCUAUGUCGUUACAAGAGUUAGAUCUAAUGGUUAAUAAAUUUGCUUACCGGAGUCUAUGGUGUAAUGGUUAGUCCUCUCUCCUUGCAUGCACAGUAUAUGAAUUUGAUUCCAGUUUGGGGAAGUCGUGUUUCUGAUGGGAUUCUGAGUCUCACUCAGCCUCGAUUGGCACGGACAGGCAGGAUCGAAAAAGACCACCUCAUUAAUAGUCUAAAUUUUGUUGAUAAAGUAGAGUAAAAUUUUUUAAAGGAUCCUAAUUGUACUCAUUUAUAAGCUCUAUGUGGAAAAGUUGCAAUUUUUACAAAAUUAGAAGUUUGUCCAGUAUAUGGGUGCUAGCCUCUAAAUAAAUUGUCAGGUUCUGAUCCUACCUUUUUGGCUGGUCUAUUACAGGAGUAAUUCAGCCGGUAUACUGCCACUUUUUUGCUGUGCUCUAGGUGGAACCCAUAAUGUAGAUUACAAUAUCCUUUGUAACAAACUUCAUAGUUAUGCUUGUUUUGUCAACUUGUAAUACUAUUGUAAAUGUGUGCAGAACAUUUCAUGUAGUGCAAAGAUUUUAGAAUACGGUGACCUGUUUGACAAAAUUGACAGCUCAUCCUCUGUUCAGCUGCAUGGAUCUCUUAAUUUUUAUUGUCCUGAAGAAUCACAUUUCAGUCUCUAUGAUUCUGUUACAGUGCAAACAGCAUCAUUUAUAUCUCUCUGAAACACCCCCCCCCCUCCCCAGCUUACACCCUUUUAGCUAUCAUCAGACUGAGUUUGUAAUAGCAGUGAAGACUUGCAGGCAUAACGUCGUAAUGUUUUAUUAGCUACAAAAACAAUGUACUCAAUACCAUUUGAUUCUUGACUCAUAAACCAUCAUCUCACAAGUUCAUUAUUUUCACUCUCAUACAAUAAAUCCAGCAUUCUACUUUAGCAUUGUAUACAUUUGCCUAUUAAUGAGUCACAAAUGCAUGAUUUUGUUAUGUGUGUAAAUUGAAGUGUGCGGAAAGAUGAGGAACACUGUGAGAAUGUGAACUGGCAUUGUUAAGUAAAAAGACUGUCUACUCAAGGGACAAGACCAAUAAUUUUUAUUUAGUGCCAACUUUGCAUCUCUCACUCCUUUAUGUUUAUUUUAUUCUGUGGAAUGUAGAUUUAUGAUCCUGGCUGAUAAGUGUAAGGAAUCAUUGUCCCUUAAUUUUGCGCGUUUUAUUUGUCUUUGUAUUCCUGUUGAGCUGCCUAGACUUUACGUACCUCAGUGUGAGCUCUUGAUUACUACCGGUAUAUCGUUCUUGGGUUUUUUCUGUUUGUCUUUUUAAAGAAUUACAAAGUAGGAUAUUAUGAUAAAUGUUGUAUGCACAAGAGUAUGUCGAUUCUGCUUGUUGUUAAAAAAUUUGUUAUAUAUACAUACAAGAUUUGAAUAUGUUGUAGGCCUACUGUUUGCCUUGGAAAGCCACCAGUUGUCAGUUGUCCUGUAAUUGUACAGAGCAUUUUUUUUGUCCGUCUAUAUUUUAUUUUGUGCAUCUGUCGGCCUUUUGUUUAUAUUAAAUUAUAUGUUGUGUGAUGAAUUUAAAGUGAUGUGAGCAUGUUUGAGCAGUGCUCUGACUUCUACUGGUAUGUUUGUAUGUGUGUGUGUGUGUGUGUGUGUGUGUGUGUGAAUACAACUAAUGUGACUGUGUAUUAAGAAUAAAAAUGUAUGUGGCAUGUUGAGCAAUGCUAUUGUCCGCUGAGAGAGUUCUUCUCAUCUCUGCCAGUUUCAGUAGAAUUGUAGUGUUAAAACGUAGUCAUGUUCCGGGUACCAUGAGAUAUGAUUUAGAAUGGCAGGGGUUCAAAGUGUUAUCUUUAGACUACAUUAUAAACAUAUGAGAACACAUGAAAAAUGAGAAUAGGCACAAACUGAAAAUCAUGAGAGUAUCAAUUUUAAACGCUUGUUGACUCAUAACUGUAAUUCUGUUCAACUGUUGGUUCAUUAUUGUGUUAGAUUUCCCAUUCAAUAAUCAUAGCAAUAAACCACCAGUCAAACAAAUAUGAAGUCUUCGAGUCCAAAAGCGUUUAAAAUUGAUGCACCCACAAUUUCCAGUUUCUGACUGCCUGUUUUUCCCCUGGGCUCCUCAUGUAUGAUACAUCUUGAUUCACAUAAAUAGAAACGAGGGUUUAAACUAUACUAAAUGAAUAAUAAUUGCAUAGGUCUAAUGCAUUUCUUUAGUUAUUGUCCUUUUUUUUAUAUUUGAAAUUAUUUAGUCAACAACGAGGACCAAUUUCUCACAAUAUGUGCAAGACACACAAAUCAACAUGUUCUUCCAUUUAGAAUUUUUUUUUAAAGUACCUCUUGUAUGGGAACAUUGGUAGAUAGGAGCUCUCCACUGAACUAAGAUUGAUUGUCAAGUGCUUUGCUUGUUUCAGUUCAACAUUCCUACUUAAAUUUUCUUUUUUCAUAUUCUUAUUUGCCUCAUGUAAUGUAAAUCUCCUGGGUAGUUAAUCCAUGACUUGCAUACAGCCGAAGGUAACCAUUGUAAGUUGGCCUUUCUUUUACAUUGUACAUUAUUUACCUUGCAGCUCUUGGAGAAAAAAAUCCAUGUCCACAAAUAUAUAUAUAUAAUAUAUGUAUGUUAUGUCUCCGUUCUUGUUGUAAAUGCUGAGUUGCCACAUGCGAUAUGGAACAACAAUACUAAUUACAAUACAAUGCUUUUUUAUACACCUAUUUUAUUUAUGCAGUUUUAAAGCCUUUUAUUUCCAAACUAUUUUGUACAAAUGAUUGUUUUCCUUAUAAAAGAUCUGAUGCAUCUCGAAAUAAAUGAUUCUGUGAACAUA